UUUUUUAUUAGUAAUUGUCUAAUUGAUUACCAUGUAGCUGCUUGGAAAUAAACAUAGAAAAAUUCUGUACUAGGAGGAAAAAUCUAGAAUGUAAAAGCCUCAUGUUUCUCUACUAUAAAUAUAUUUUAACAUCACCAAGGCAAACAUAGGAAGCAACAAGGUUUCUACAAAAGCUAAGUGUGUGAAAUUUCUGCCUUUGAUAUCUCUGAAAAUUUUGUCAAGCAGUGGGUGUAAAUUGAGUAGGUCAAUGGCUACUAAACAUGCAAAUGAAGAGGAAGGCUCCCAGAUUAAGAAAAACCUUGAUGGAUGGAAGUUUCCGAAAAUCCCCAUUGAUCAAGUGUACAAGAAAAAAGUACUUAGGAUUUUUCCAAGCUAUGCUGUAAGAGAUUAUGAAAAAACAAUCACACUGAAAGCAGCUAACCAAAAUAUAUCAGCUAAAUUACUUUCAAGAGAUUUUCUAAAAGGCUUCAUAAAGAAGCAACAUAGUUUUAUGCACUUGGGUUUGGUCCAAAUAUCUAUCAAGCCACUGAUGAGAGACGGCUUAGAAGCUCCAAUAACCGUGUGUCUUAGAGACGCGAGGCACUCUAGCUUUAAGAACUCUUUGUUAGCACUUGUGGAAGCAAAUCUGUCUCAGGGUCCAAUCUAUUUUAAUUGUUUCCCAAGCUUUUCGGUAUCUUUGGCCGAUGCUUCUUCAUUGGAUGUCCUUACCCUAAAUGUCAAGUCUGGAGGGAUACCUCUGGCAUUGACAUACAGGGUAGUGUGUAAGGCAAUGACUGAUUUAAGCUCUGAGGCACUUAAGCAGCCGGUUUUGGGAGAAACAACUUAUUUUCUUCCGGGUUCUGAGACUGGAAGCACAACAAACUGGGAUAAGGUUCUAGUCCCUGAGUCGUGGACUUGUGAACCAGAGCCUGAAGCACAUAACAAUGCACAUGUAUUCCAGACGACCCUUCCAGACGGCCGUGUGAUGGUUAAGUUCCCGUCAACUAGAGAAGCAGAUGAAGAUGAGUAGUGAUGAGAAGGAUGGAAAAACUAUUCAUUACUGCCCUUAAGCUCCUUCAGUUCUGUAUUGUUUUGAGUAGCCAGUCAUUAGUAGUAUUAGUUGGUAGUAGUUUGUUUUUAUUACAAGUAAUUGAGGCCUAGCAUGUGUUUUAAGCCACAUCAUGUGUUAAGACAUACUCCGUAGAAGUAUAAUAAUUCUGUUAUACAUGUAUCUAUAAACCUAUAAUGUUCCUGACAACCUGUUAUUGUCAAAAGAUUAGAGGCAAUACAUGUCAAGUUAUUAGUUUGUACUAUGUACACUAACAAUUUCUUCACCGUCACUUUAAGUUUGUCCCAAUAUUCUUU